AGAAGUUGCCUCAAAACGACGUUCGUAUUGGAAGCGUAUAUAUAACUAAAGGCUUUCAAGUAAAGGUCACAGUCCAGAAUCGAAGCUCGAGAAUGCUCACUCGAGAUUGUGCCCCCGAAUAAUACCAAAGGCGAGGAAAGCAUGAGAUUCGAAAAGAAUCACGUGAAUACACGUGAAUUUGCGAGGAGACCAAAAAAAUGCGUAAAAAAGUGAUUUCUCAAGAUUACAAAACGUGAACUUCGGAGGAAGACGAAUGUCGUUGCAGGGAGCCAAAAAACUGAGUGCAAUGUGAAAAAACUUCAUUUUUUCGACUCAAAAGUAUGUAUUGACUUGAAAGUGUAUUUUUGUGGUAUUAAUCAUCGCAGGACGGGACGGGAAAGAGAAAAAUUUGGAACGGCCCGGCCACGGGGAUAAUUUUCUUCCUAAGCUUGCCGUUACCCAGGCAGGUAUAAUCUGACGCGGGCUCACGGAAUUACGACUCUGUCGGACGAGAUAACUGGACGAGAAUCGAAAAAAUAUCUACAAAGCUACCUUCGAAGAAAAAAUCUCCACUUCGUGGGUGUAGAAACUCGAGAAUCUUCCGAAAUUCUGACCCUCGAACUUCCUCCGACGAAUGUGCUCCGACUGUUUUAUUCAGUUUUUGUUUAAAUUGGUUUUCAUCAAUUUGGUGAGAGUGAAGAAAUUUUGGAAAAAAAGUUCAUUGAAAAAGUGCAAAAUGGACCCGAAAAUCGUGCGGGUCUCUUAUUGGGAGAUUGCGAAACUUCAUUUCCUGUCUUUCGUCUUCGGCCUGUACCUCAUAGUAAAACGUCUCGUCAAAUGGGCCUGGGACCCCAAGAAAUUUUUCGUUCUCCGACAGCGAGACAACCCACCACCGUGUCUCGUUGACAACAGUCUUGGGAAGCAUUCCUAUGUCAAAAUCAAGGGGGUGAAAUUUCACUACGUCGAAGCCGGGGAUCGAUCGAAUCCGCUUCUCUUGCUACUGCACGGAUUUCCGGAUUGUUGGUUGACGUGGAGGGAACAAAUAUCUCCGCUGUCGGAGCACUUUAGAGUCGUGGCUCUGGAUCUCAAAGGUUUCGGAGACAGUGACAAGCCAUCGAACAGACGAUCCUACAAAAUUGAGAUCCUGAUCGACGAGCUCAGGCAAUUUGUACUUGCGCUCGGAGUGAAAAACUGCAGUAUUAUCGGCCACGAUCUCGGUGGUCUUCUGGGCUGGUACAUGCUCGCGCUUCACGGUGAACUCGUGCACAAAUUCGUGGCUAUAUCGAGUCCACAUCCGAAUCACUAUUGGCACGGUUCGUCCAAGGAUGCAGCUUGGGAUGGAAAAUGGAUCCACUUCAGCAGGUUGCCCUUCCUGCCGGAAAUCGACGCACUCAAAGAAGACAUCUCGAUCAUCAACGACACCUUCAAACAUCUCCACGUCAAUGAAACCACCGAGAAGAAUUACAUGGAAGCAUAUAAAUAUGCUUUCAGUCGAACGGAGGAUUGGACGGGGGCAAUAAAUUAUUACCGCAAUUUGCCGUUCACUCGAUUGAACAUGACAACCAGCGAGCCUAUUUGCAAUCAGACGUUGCUCAUCGUUGGCAAUCUCGACCCCUGUUUAUCGUUGGAAAAAGUCGUACAGAGUAGCGAAUAUCUCGCGAGAUUUAGUAUCAAAGUUGUCACCGAUGCACAACAUUUUCCGCAUCAGGAGUCACCGGAAAUUGUCAACCAAACGAUUCUCAAAUUUCUUAUCGGCUCAACUUCGAUGAGCUUGGAAAAAUCACCUUCGAAAGGAAUAGUGUCAUCUUGGCUCGGCUCUCUCAGCAGUACAGUCAAAUAUGGCAAUCAAAUGUUCGACGCGGUGCACAAAAGGACUAAUGGCGUUGUAACGGCGUUGCCGAACAAAGUGCUAUAUCUGGGGCAAACGCCUACGUAAAUAUUAAAUUACUUCAGUGGACUUAAAUCAAAUCGUGGAAAAAAGGAAACGGAAUCGUACGAUUGAAGAAAUUGGACACUUCGACACCGUCCUAAUAAUUAAUAAUAAUUAUCGUUGCGAAUUAAGGCCGGUGAAUGACCCUUUCGGUGAUUGCUCGUUCCUGCGAGUUGUCAGCGAGGUCGAUUUAUAAUUUUUUUUUCUACAAACUUAGAUAAGGCAGUUUCGUGUAUAUAAAACAGCGCGAGUUUCGUCGAUUUAAUAAAAAAUUCCCUCUCUGUGUAUAAUAAUAA